AUGCCGGCGGCGCUCGCGCCCAAGGUCAAGAACCGCAAGCCAUCCGCGGGACCACAGCUCGACGCUGAAGUGGCAGAGAUCCUCUCGGACGCGCUCGACCCUCGCAACAAGUCGGCCGACACCUACAACGAGGACAUCGCCUUCAAGCGCGUGCCCAAGGAGAACAUCGAGGCUGCGGCGGCGGUCUGCCGCGACAUGGGCAACGAGGCCGUCAAGAGCGAGCGGUGGGAGGAGGCGGUCGAGCACUACACGUCUGUGCUCGCUAAUCGGUCGCUCGCCCUCCUCUCGCUCAAGCGCGGCCCCGAGGCGCUGCAGGACGCCGCGCUCUGCGUCACCCUCAAGAAGAACUUCGCAAAAGGGUACUACCGCUUCGGCUGUGCGCUCGAGGAGUGCAAGAUGUACAAGGAGUGCGCGUCGGCGCGCAACUUGCUCGAGAUGGUGAUGAACGUCGAGCGGGUGAGCGACCCUCUGUGGAUGCACAAGCCGGAGCCGCCGAAGAGCGAGGUGCAGAAGCGGGCGGAGGACGCGCAGGCGGAGCACGAGCGCGAGAUGAGCCACUUGCGCGAGGAGAUCGGCAAGGCGAGCUUCGACUACGAGUACCUGCACGCACCCAUGUCCAAGUCGGACCGCUGGUACGAAGAGUCGAUGAUGGCCAAGGGCCUCAACAUGCACCUCCUCGCGCACUCGGCCGAGCUCGCCCGGCUGAUGGACGCCGCGCACGUCGACUCGUUCGCCGAGGCGAUCCGCGAGCACGUGCCUCGCAUGGCGGGCGUGGUGCUGCUGCUGGGUGGGACGAUGGGGCUGCUCCCCCUCCUCGCCCUCGAGGCUGGCGCCAACCAGGCGCAUGGCUUCUGCGCAAAGAUGGCGCACGCGUCGGUGGGGAGGCACACGCUGCUCGCCUUCGAGCGCGAGAACUGGUCGCGGCUGCCGAUGACCCUCGGCCUCGCGGAGCGGACGCGGCAGGCCGGCUCCGCGGCCUUCAAGAUGGGGCAGUUCGACCAGGCGGUCGCGCUGUACACGGAGGCGCUGCAGGCGUGCGCGGGGGGCGAGCCUUGGCUUGCGGGGCUCGGCGAGGCGGAGUCGGCGCUCGAGGACGCAAAGGCGGCGCAGCGCUGCCUGCCCGAGCAGCCAAAGCCGCGCUACCGGCAGGCGCAGGCGCUGCAGGCCCUCGGCCGAAACGGCGAGGCGCGCGACGCGCUGGCGGGCGUCAUCCAGCGCUCACGGGGCGGCAAGAACGCGGACGCCGAGCGGCUGCUGCCUAUGCGUCCACAGGUGCGCGCGCUGCACCGCCCCUUCGACGAGCUGCGGCUGCACCACGAGCUCGAGCACAAGCCCGACCUGCUGCUGCUGACCAACUUCGACUACACGCUGCUCGGCAGCGGCAUCGUGACGGCGCUCAACAGCCUCAAGGCGGAGGAGCUGCUUCGCCCGGGCACGGCGGUGCUCCCCCCCGCCGCGCGCGUCUGGGCGAUGGCGGUGCAGGUGCUCGCGGACACGGGCGUCCCGAUCGACUCCUCCCCCGCCGAGAAGCUGCUCUGGUCGCCCACUCUCCGCCGCGUCUGCCUCGACGAGCCGCACGCCCGCCGCACUCUCCGGCCGCUCACCCGGCCAGCGGUGGUCUGCGGCUUCGACUUCCGCGCGACCGCGCCGCCCAUCAAGCCGGACAAGUGCGCGCUCGAGCUCAGCGUCGUCGAGGACGGCCGCGCCAACGCGGCGCUCCAGUACCUCGAGCCUGCGCCGGUGCGGGAGGGCGGCCGGCUGCUGCUGCACGCGUCGCACAGCCGCACCCGCUUCCUCUUCUCGCACGCGGAGGCCCUCUUCCGGCUGCCCGCCUCGAAGCCCGCCCUCGUGCUGCACGUCAACGCCGGCAUCGGCACGCAGUCGGUGGUGGCGGCGCAGGCGCGGCCAGACGUCGCCGACUAUGUCGUGGCGUGCGAAAAGUCGUCCACGCUCCUCGAGGUCGCCGAGCAGAUCGCGCGCAGCAACUCGGCGCACGAGGACAUGCCUCACAAGGCGGACGUGCUGCUGCUCGAGUGCCUCGACACGGCCCUCCUCUCCGAGGGGAUCCUCCACUACCUUCAGCACCUGCGCGGCUCCUUCACCGCAGAGCACGCCGCCAUCCUCCCCGCGGCGGCCGUCGUCAAGGGCAUGCUCGUCGAGAUGCGCAGUGGGGAGGUGCACGGCGUGGACAUGACCAUGUCGGACGCGUACCGCUGGUCCAAGGAGAUGAAGCCGGUGCACCUCAAGGAGGAGGAGUACACGCAGCUCACCGAGGUGUUCGACAUCUUCGUCUUCGACUUCAUGUCCUCCGCCGUCGAGCAGCAGGUCGAGAACCUCGAGAUCGUCAUCUCGAGGGACGGGAUCGUGUCGGCGCUCGUCGUCUGGUUCGACCUCAUCCUCGACGAGGACAUCGUCGUCUCCACCUCGCCCUUCGUCCCGCCCGAGCAGGCCCUCUCCUUCGGGCAGGGCCUCGUCUACCUGCAGCCCGCCGAGACGCGCGUCCGGCGCGGCGCAACGCUGCCGCUGCUCGCCGCGCACAACUCGCUCGAGAUGAUGUUCACCAUCGAGGAGGACAAGCUCACGCGCAAGGGCGCCGACUGCGAGCUGCUGCCGCACACGCGCUUCGACCCGCGCUGGGAGGGCGCGCGCGUCAACCUGGACGACCAGUGGAAGAAGAUCAUCCAGGGGCUGGCCGCGGCGCCAAAGGACUCGGCCAGCCUGCAGGAGGGCGUCAUGCGCUUUGCCGCGCAGUCGGCCGCCUUUGGCAUCGACACGGGCGUGGCAGAGCGGUGCGCCCUCACCUUUCUCAGUGACUAG